CAUUUCUUAGUAAGUAAUUUUACAUUCUUUUUCCUAUUUAACUAUAUAAUGCUAGCUAAGAGAAACUCAGGAAUCAUUAGAAAAUCUAAAAUAAAUCACAGUAAAAUCUCCAGCCACAGGUUUCUCUGAAAUUCUCUCUAUAGCGUGAUCUCCACGCUACCUAAACCAUUUCCUUUCACCAUCGAUCCUACGCCAAGCGAUGGAAUCAUCAGCAGCGCAGAGACUCUACUCUGUUCUUACGAGAACAGAAGUUCGCGACAAGAUGAUGAAAGAGAUCGUCCAGAUCUCGGAAGUCUUCUCUCUGUCUCAAUCCGAUGCAACCGUAGCCCUAAUCCGUCUAGGUUGGGACUCGUUCAAGGCUUCGGAUCUUUUGGGAGACAACAAGGAGAAGUUUCUUUCGAAGCUAGGGUUGGUUCAGGUCUCCGGUUCGAAGCGUGGCGACGGAGAUAAUAAUAAUCUUGUCUCCACUCCCUUGUGCUCACACAAGUUUUGCUCUGAUUGCUGGAGAGAUCAUCUCACCCAAUCUCUCAAGAAGGAGGAGAUGGUGAUGUCUUGUCUUAGCCAAGACUGUGUUGCUUCGGUUGGACCGGAUACGAUCGAGAAGCUCGAGGAGCCGGUUAAGGAGAUGUACGAGAGGUACGUUCUUGGAUCUUUCAUGGACAGCAACGGGAUCAAGUGGUGUCCCUCAAAGGGAUGCGAGUACGCCAUCGAGCGUCAUGAGGAUGGUGAUGAUGACGACGAGGAGGCAAGUGAUUUCGGCGUGGUGUGUUUGUGCGGUCACACGUUCUGUUGGAGGUGCAAGCUCGAGUCGCACCGGCCGGUGACGUGCAACAACGCUUCCCUUUGGUUGAAUGAGCUCUUGGAUGAAGCGAGAACGUUUGGAUUGAUCGCUACGAAGACCAAACCUUGCCCUCAUUGCCAGAGCCGUGUGGAGAAGGAUAGUGAUAAUAAUAAUCUGAGGAUCGUUACUUGCGUCUGCAGUUACGCCUUCUGUUGGCGGUGCUUGCGACCAGAGGAAGAUCACAGAGGAGGACUAGACCAUUGUUCUGAAGUCUUUGUUCCUCCACCACGCGAGGAAACGGAUCUGGUUCAUCACCUGACGCUCUGGGAGGAGAGUCAUAAGGCCAUGGAGGCAUCUAAAACCAAUCUCAAAGCCAUUGAGAGAAAGAGCGUUCCGUUACUUACCGAGGGAUGCGGUCUGGGGGGGUUAGACAUGGGGGCUGUGAGAGAAGCGUGUAUGCUUAUCGUUCAGUGCAGACUCGUGUUGAAGUGGAGCGGUGUGUUUGGUUACUUCAUAACCGAUUACCAUAGCGGGAAGAAGCAGUACCUGGACCACCUUGUGGAGAAAGCUACCGCGAAUCUUCUGAAGCAUGUAAAGAGUGUGGAUGAGUUGGUGGAGGGAGCCGUCUCGGGUGGAGUUGUAGCUGGCUUCAGGCAUAAGAUGGAGACCUCGACGAAAGCGACUGGUAACUACUUUCACGUCUUUGUCAAGACCGUUGAAGAUGGUCUGUGCGAUGUGAAGGCUGGCGUUUUUGAGAAUGUGCCUACCGAUUAUUGGUUCUGCGACCGUUGUACGUUUCAGAACGACAGCUUUGAGCAGAAGUGCAGGGUUUGCGUUUUCCCUUUCGAGGGUCCUUCUCCUCUUGUGGCUCUUGGCAACAACGGUACUGCGAUUGCUCAUCAGCAACAAGAGCUCCCAAACGUGUCCAGCAAUCCAUUUGCAUCUCCUCAGCAAGAAGCACCAAACACUGUGGCGUUUGGUAACACCAACAACACUGCAAGUGCUAAUAUGUUCAAUAACCCCUUUGCUAGUGUAGGAGGAACAAACCUUUUUGGUUCUGCUCCACUUGUGGCUUUUGGUAACAGUAACAGCGGUGCUCAUCAACUUCCAGCCAUGUCCAACAAUCCAUUUGCUCUCCCUGCGGCUUUUGGUAACAACAGCAGCAUUGGUGCAAGUGUUCAUCAACAGCAAAUCCCAAACUUGGCUAAUAAUCCAUUUGCUAGUAGUCCAGGAGGAACAUUUUAUAAUCCAAUGUCUCCUUUUGGUAGCAACAGCAUUGGUGCAAGCGCUUAUCAACCAAACAUGGCGAACAAUCCAUUUGCUGCUUAUGGUAACAACAGUGCUCAUCAGCAACAAGUCCCAACCAUGGCGAACAAUCCAUUUGCUCGUCCAGGAGGAGCAAAUCCGUUUCAGUCUCCUCCAUUUGUGGGUUUCGGUAACAGCAACGGUGCUCAUAAGCAAGAAGCCCUCGUCAAGGAGGAACCAAACCUCGAAAAUUCGAUGGAGAGCGAGUGAUUGAUGACUGCUGCGCUUUCUGGUUUUCUUUUGGAUUCUAUUUUCUUUGUCUUUUAUUAGUGUUUUAUAAUAAGUCUUUUGCUUUGUUUCCUUGUUGAAAACGCAAACAAUAUGGUUCAGUUUAUUUUUUCGGAUAAAACUUUUGUUGAUAUUUGGAUUA